AUGGCAGAAGAUGCCAAAAUCAGGGGGUCCCCGAGAAAAGAUCAAGGCUUGAGGGGUGCAGCUAUCCUGCACCAACAAAGGCGCCUCAAACAAGCCACCCAGUUUGUUCACAAGGAUUCUGCAGAUCUGCUGCCACUGGAUGGACAGUAUCGAGAUGCGUCACUGUUAAAAUAUUCGCUUGAAUACGUGCGAACAGCAUUGAAGAAAGGAGUGUUCAGGGGUAUCACUGUCAGUCUACUGGAUGUGGGAAAAAAGAGGUGCUCAGGGGUGUCACUGUCCGUCCACUGGAUACAGGAAAAAGUGGAGUGCUGGAUAGACGAAAAAGAGGAGUGCUCAGGGGUGUCACUGUCCGUCCACUGGAUACAGGAGAAAGAGGAGUGCUCAGGGCAACCUUACAGUGUGAUCCAGAGGCGUCUUCUAGGCGGAAGCCCCAUUAAAGAGACCAGCAGCUUGGCAAAAUCUCUCCACCUCUGUAACCUAGAGGUGCAAUCUACCAACGAUUCAACCGAAGUAGAAGCGAGGAUAGAGGAAGACUCCGAUAGUGUCCAGGACCAGCCAACAGCUCCCAACACCUCUAAGGAGACUCCGGGGAGCUGGGCACAAUGCAGCCUGGUGAUCAGCUGUAAGGUGUGCACACAGGAAGUCUCUUGUAAGCUGUCUAUUGAACGUUAUGAGAACCUUAUCUCCAGGCCGUGUGUACAAAGACUGGGGCUGCAGAUGCUGAGUGACCCUCAGGGGAGGGUGACAGUGGACAUCGAAGUUGGGAACGAGAAACUGACAAGCAGCGCUGUGAUUGUUGAUGACGGCAGUGCAGAAUUCAGCAUCGGUCUGGACACAUUGGUAAAGCUCAAGAGCUGCAUAGAUCUGGAGCAUGGUGUCCUGAAAACCCCUUCACAAGUCAUUCCAUUUCUGACUUUCUUCAACAACCACCCAGAGGCAGAGAAGACCUCCACUACCCCUGCCUCAAACCAGUGAGCUCUCAGGCGCCACCCGCUGGCAGGGGAGCAAACUGACCGAGAAGCACAAGUCCAGCCAACCCUCUCUACACUGUGUUCGUGGACAAUUUUUCUGCAUGCCCUUACAAGGCCGGGAUAAAAUAAAGAGACGUUUGUAUGCCGCUGUGUGUUGCAAAACAAAAG